AUGAAGUUACUAAGACUUCUAGCCGACUUCGUGUGUAUCAAAAAUCAAUCCGAACCGUUUAUUCAUCGCUGUGCUGGCACAAUCUAUUCCUCUGAAGUGAUUUUGACAACUGCAACAUGUGUCCGCAAUGUGAUGGCGAAACAGUUGCAUGUGAUAGCCGGGGAGACUCAUCGAACAGGUAGCAAAGGAAGUAUCUAUCUGGUAAAUCGUAUUAUUAUUCAUCCCGAAUUCGAUAUGUGGCUAAUGGAUAAUGAUUUGGCUCUGGUUGUAUUGGCGCACCAAAUGAAGUUGGAUGGGAUCGGAGUAAGCACCAUAGGCCUAGCUGAAGUUGAGCCCAAUGAUGCCAGUGUAGUAGUUGUUGCUGGUUGGGGAGGCAUCUCCAGUGAGGAAUCAACAGUGGAAACACUACAAUUGAUCCACCUACAGACUGUAGAGUUAAGAAAAUGUCGUAAGUUCUAUGGAGAGGAUAGAAUAACGUUGUCCAUGCUUUGUGCAGCAGGCAAUCGCGGAGACACUUGCGCAGGCGAUGCUGGAGGAGCUCUGGUGAUUAAUGACUUGGCCAUCGGCUUGGUGUCGUGGGGUCGAAAAGGAUGCGGUCUUACAGACUUUCCCGGCGUGUAUACCAACCUUGUGCACUGCAGCGAAUGGAUACAGGAGGAAACCGCCAAAACUUUGAAAAUAAGUUGA